AUGGAGGCGCAAGGCCUGAUUCAGGAUUCCGAGAGGGAUUCCUCUCAGCCCCUCCCAGAUUGGAUCAAGGACCAGACCGGCAGACCUGCAGGAGACCUUUCCGGGAAGGCACCUCUCAAGGACCAUGCGGACAGGGCCGGAAGCCUCGAAGCCAAUCAGAGGCCAAGCCUUCGCCUCGGCGCCAGCGCCACCGCUGUGGCAUCCGCGGCAGCCGUGAUUGGGCUGGUGCUGACUUGCCUUGGCCUGGCCUUGUGGACCCUUCCUCGGUCGGACCCUGGUCCAUGUAUCGAGCUGAUGGGCGCGGACCAGCCGCAGCUGGCCUGGGCUGGAAAGCAAGACGGUCCACUUGAGCGCAAGCUGGGAGUCAUCACUCCGACGCAAGCUGCGUGGAUUGUGGUACAAGCUGGAAAGACAGCCAAAGAGGUGGCCACACAAACAUCCAAGCUAACCAAAGAGCUUGCAGCUGAAGCCGCACCUCGCGUCAGCCCAAAGAAGAUCCAGAAGCGCAACCGCGCACGCUGUAUUCUGCAGACGCUGGCGGUGGGUGAGAGCAUCGCCAAGAUUGUCACCAACAUCAAGGCGGCCGCCGCGGUCUGCGCACCUGAUCGCAUCUUCCGGUUCGUUCCCGGCAAGUUCGGCCGAGCGCUGCAAAAGCUUCGCAAGAUCGUGUGCUCGGUCAACGUGGACCUGGUUCUCUCAGGGCUUCUGUCGGUGGCUGCCAACUUGGCGGAUGCGAGCAUCAGCUGUUCGAUUGCCGUGAACUCCACCAGCUCCCUCAACUUGAAUGAGCAAUUUGAUGCUGGUUGUGCAAGUGCGACGUUCCAGCUGACCAACUCGCUAGUUGCACUCGCUGCAUCUUUCUCGAUAGCCAUCCCAGGCUGUGAAAUUGUGGCCAAAGGCCUGGAGCAGACGGUCACUGGAGCCCUCAAAGGACUCGGACAGAAGGGCAUAUCCGACUUUGGAGGCACUGGCAAGUUGGUCAACCCAAGUGAAGUCAAGGCUGCCAUCAAAGCUCUCCAAAAUGAGCUGAAACCCUCCGACUUCUUGUCCCAGACAGCAGUCUUUGGGCGAAGGCUCUUUCUGGGUGGAGGCAAGGGCGCCAUCAUGACUCAGUGUGUGGUCGACGUCAUGCAGGCGCUCACGCAGCUGUCGCUGAUGGGCAUUGCCAUUGACACGCUGGCAAAUGACGCCUGUGACAACCCAUCUGUUGGAAGAGUGACAUCGAUGGCCUUGCCAAAGUUUCUUCGCAAGCGAAUCGAGAAUAUCAGACGUGCAAGCUGCGGAGCGGGCAUUAGCCAAGUCAUUGCUCAGCUUGGACUAGUUACGGUAUUCCUGUCCUUCACCUCGUUCCACUGCACCAAUGAAGCCAACAUCCGAGCAAUCUGUGGUGCAGGGAUCGCAGGCGCCACUGGAGCUCUUUCUGGGAUUGCAUCAGCGGGCAUGGGUGCCUACCUCGCUUGCCAGGAAGGCCAGAGGAGCGACCAAACCACGGCAUUGACAAAGAAGUUUGUCACGGAAUUCCUGACAGAGGAGUCCACGAGCAUUGUCCAAGAAUCAUGCCCUGAUCUGUCUCUAAACUGCUUCGUGGAAUUCACGGCGUUCUUCUCGAAUUGUCCGGCCGGUGCGCCCACUCCAGGUCCUCCAGGAGCGGUGACUGCAUCAUGCCCCGUGGUUCCAUCUUCUCAAGCCUGCCCAGGUCUCUGCCUCAGACUCUUCUGCCGUAGCUUCGUGGGCACCGAUUCAAGAUAA